UUUAUCUGUUGCUUCUAAAAUUAUUCAAUAAGUGUUUGGUAUUUUCUCUUAAUAAACAAAUUAGUAAUCGAAUAACCCAGAUUUCAGUUAUUUAAAUGCAUUAUCUCACAUGGAACUAAAACAAAAAUCAUGAAUGAAAGCGUCGUGUCAUAAGUUUUCAAUUUUUUUUUAUUAAUGUCGGUACUUCGUUCCGUCGUCGAUGUCGUCGUCGUUGAGACAACCAAAUCAAGGGAAAAUAAACGGACGAACUACGAAAAAAAGAAAGAAACGAGCAAAGUGCGUGCAGUGAAUAGAUUUCCGACAAAAAAAUUAAAAUGUACUUAAUUUACUUUCGGGCAUUUAGAUAAAUUCCUUUAGUUUUUUCGCCUAAAACUUUUUCUAACAAAAAAACCCUCUGCAAUCUAAAAAUAAGAAACAAAAAAUUUAUCUUCUCUUUGUUAAAGGAAAAUGUUCAUGUAAAAUCCGGAAAAAGAAAUGUUUUGUUAAUGCGGUAGAGGGUGAAAAUAAAUCAUAACUUGCGGUUAAAGAACAAAAAUUAUAAACCUCCCUUUCUUAUAAAUAAAAUAAUAUUCGUUAAAAUGGAAGAAUGUAAAGCAAUCCUAAAUAAAAAACCUACCUAAUUGUUCCUGAUUUGUUUAGUAAUCGACCUCUGCGUAAAAAAAAGUGCAUAAAGACUUGAGUUAAAUAUUACAUAAAACCAAAACAACAACAUAAAUUAUGAAAGCACUUGAAAAUGAUUUUAAUUGAUUUAAAUCUGUGAAUAACAACAAAACAAAUUAUAAACAAUUCUGUGAACAAAUAUAAAAUGCAAUCUAUUGAAGUGAACAGUGAUUGUUCAAGAUACAUUCUGCAGGUUUAUGUAGGUGCACUUUCGCUGCACUAUGAAGCCCUUAGUGUUGAAGCUUCAAAGCAAACAACUGCAGAGGAGAUUGUAUCAUGUAUAGUAGAGCGUUUGGGCUUACUAGGAAGUAAUUAUGAGCUUGCUGAAGUUGCUGGUGAGUGUAAGGAAAGGCGACUGGCGCCUGAAGAAAAACCCGUAUCAGUUAUGUUGCUCUGGCCAAUGCACUCAGAUAGAGAUUUUCACAGAUUCUACCUAAGAGAAUCACAGAGUGACAUCACGUGGCUAGAUAGUUAUGGACUCGACUCCCAAAUCUUUCGAGAUUUUAUUCCAUUUCUUUUGCAACCAGAAAAUAGAGAAUAUCCUGAUUUGUGCCAAUUGCCAGACUUAAAUGAAUCUACUCUGUUGGAAAACUUAAGGCAAAGGUUCGAAGCCGGAUAUAUUUAUACUUAUGUCGGGAGUAUACUCAUCGCAGUUAAUCCGUUCAAGUUCUAUCCUAUUUAUAAUCCAAAAUAUGUAAGACUGUAUCAAAAUCAAAGAAUAGGCCCAAUUUUACCACCACAUAUAUUUGCCAUUGCGGACAAUGCAUAUUACUCAAUGCUUAAAGAGAAUAGAAAUCAAUGUAUCGUUAUAAGCGGUGAGAGUGGAUCAGGAAAAACAGAAAGCACAAAUUUUCUGCUUCACCAUUUAACUGCUCUGUCACAAAAAGGAUCACAUGGAUCCGGUGUAGAACAAACCAUACUUAGUGCUGGACCAGUUCUUGAAGCAUUUGGCAAUGCCAAAACAGCCCACAACAAUAACUCUAGUAGAUUUGGAAAAUUCAUCCAAGUUAAUUAUAGAGAAAAUGGAAUGGUUCAAGGAGCAAUUGUCCAAAAGUAUUUAUUAGAAAAAAGUCGAAUAGUAUCACAGGGACCCUAUGAAAGAAACUAUCAUGUCUUCUACUAUUUGCUAUCAGGUGCAACAGAUGCAGAGCGUGAAUCCUUGUAUCUACUCCCAGCGGAUAAAUACAACUACUUAAACUCCAAAAAUUUAACAUUGGAGAAUUGUAAUGAAAAAUAUGAAUUUUCUCGUCUCAAACAAAGCAUGGAGAUGGUUGGAUUUUCAUCCGAAAAACAGCGUCGAUUAUUUAAUGUAUUAUCAGCAGUUUUGCUUCUUGGUAAUGUGGAAUUCUUUCCAAAAAAAUCAACAUACCAUCACGAUGAAAGUGUGCAAGUGCGAAACUUAGAUGUUGUGGCCAUUAUAUCAGAGUUGUUGAAAGUUAAACAGGAUACACUGUUAGCGGCGUUAACAUCGAAACGCGUUAAAGCCAGUGGAGAGACACUCAUAAUGCAAUAUAAGUUACCCGAAGCAAUCGCAGCCAGAGAUGCUUUGGCCAAAUGUUUGUAUGGAGCUUUGUUUGAUUGGAUUGUCUUGCAAGUUAAUCAUGCCUUACUUAACAAAGAUCAGACCCCUCAUACUGGUCACUCAAUCGGUGUACUUGAUAUCUUUGGAUUUGAAGAUUUUGGUCCACAGAAUAGUUUUGAACAACUUUGUAUUAAUUAUGCCAACGAACAUUUACAAUACUAUUUUAAUUUGCAUGUUUUCAAAUACGAGCAAAAUGAAUACAAACGUGAAGAUAUUAAAUGGAGUGAUAUAGAAUUUAUGGACAACUCUGGAUGUUUACACCUGUUUGAAUCAAAACCAACAGGGUUACUAUGCAUCCUGGAUGAUCUGUGCAAUUUUCCUGGGGCUACCAAUGAAACACUUCUACAGAAAUUCAAUAGCGUCCAUAAGGACAAUAAGUUCUAUGAAAAACCGCAACGAAAAGAAAAUGCCUUUAUAAUAAAGCAUUAUGCGGGAAAAGUGAAGUACCAGGUUGCGGAAAUGAGAGAAAAGAACUUAGACCUUAUGCGUCAAGAUAUUGUCAGCGUACUAAAAAAUUCUAGCAUGGCCUUCGUACGAGAGCUCGUUGGGGCCGAUCCGGUUGCUGUGUUCCGUUGGGCUAUUAUACGCGCAUUUUUUCGUAGUUAUUUUGCAUUUAGAAAUGCUGGCAGCAAACAUAGAAAAGAAAGGACUGAUUAUGCUUUGAACAAAUAUAGUGGCAAGAAUCGUUAUCGCCAGCAAAACGACAUAAUUUUAAGUAAAAAAAGUAACAUUAAAAAUGAGUUACCUAAUGCACCAAAUCAUCUGCCGACUAAUGCGUGCCGUAACACCAGAAGAUCAUGGUCAAGUAUUGCAUUUAAUAAUAAAAAUUUUCCUGAUGGUAAACUUGUCUACGAGAGCAGUCAAGCUGGCGUCAUGGAAAACAGUUCUAACAAAUUGUUUUCAAAAAAUUAUUCAAGAUUUGAGCGUUCCAGUCAGGAAGUUAUGGCUAAAGCUUCGCAAAUUGUUCAGAAAAAUAAAUCCUUCCGUCCACGUGAAAGACCGAAGAAAGGACUAAAAAAUCUUCAAACUGUUAAAAUGAUGACAGCUGGCACGAAUUUAUUCAAUCAAACAGGCAUCAAAACUCGAAAGCAGCCCCUUACGGUAACAGCCCAGUUUCAAAAUUCACUUACCGCCCUUAUGGAUACUCUUAAUCAGGCGAAUCCAUUUUUCAUACGAUGCAUUAAAUCAAAUGCACAAAAAAUACCAAACAAAUUUGACGAAACGACUGUCGUACGACAAUUGCGAUAUACUGGUAUGUUGGAAACUGUUCGAAUACGAAGAGCUGGUUAUAAUGUACGACUGACUUAUGAAGAGUUUAUUCAACUCUACCGAAUAUUACUUCCAAAAGGUUUGGUUAGUUCGCAAAAGGAUGUCAAAGAUUUCCUCAGUACUAUGGAUUUAAAUAAACAGCAUUAUCAACUUGGUGCAACAAAAAUUUAUAUGAGGGAAUCCCAAAAAAUGCGCUUAGAUAUAAAACUUCAUACAAAAAUCAUCGAUAGUAUUGUUUUAAUCCAAAGAUGGUUUCGCGGUAUUCUUCAACGAAAUAAGUUUUUACUUUAUAAACGUGCGGCGUUAACAAUACAAUCCUAUUGGAGAAUGACACUAGCUCAAGAAAAACUAACGAGCAACCGUCAACGAUGGAGUGCAGCAGUAAUUAUUCAAUCAUAUUGGAAAAUGUAUAAACAAAAGACUUGGUACCACAAACUAAGGGUUAGUAUUGUGAUAGUACAGGCACAUUCUCGGGGAACGAUAGCAAGGUUGCGUUAUAGAAGUCACAAAAUGCGCUUGCAAAAAGAGAGAAGCCGACUGCGAUGUACACAAAGUCUACCCAGUACUGAUAGAACGUUCAGUGAACUCUAUAAAACGAAGGAUGUCAAAUGUUCAUAUCAAAAACCGCAUCACAGUCUGGAUAGUGAAUUCGACGAACCAGCUGUACAGCAUAAUCUAGAAGCAACACUUCUUGAAUCACAAAAUAAUGAUGUACUACAGAAGGCUGGAAAUCAAUUGAGAAACCUCAUGAUUUUAUCAGGCAACAAUAACCGAUCUAUUCCUGUUGGAAAUGAUUUACAUCAGAACUUUGAUAUUAAACUACAUCUUAAGCAGAACUCUACAGACAACAUUGAAAAAUUAUAUCCCAGUAAUGAGUCAGCCGCGAGUUUUAUUGAAAACAAUACAGCAAAUUAUAAAAGUAAAACUCCGUUGCGCAAAACAGACUCUGGCCCAACUAAUUUUUAUAACAUGGUCUACGAAGAGAUUGGAGACUUUGACGAUAUCUUAGAUAUAGACAUUCAGCAAUCAGAAAACCCAACGAAAAAAGACUUCAGCCUUUUAACAAAAAGAAAUCCAAUUGAGGAAAGUUCACAAAAUAUAAGUGAUAUCAUAGCUGUUCAGCAGCAGCAGGGAAGGUAUCAUGCAAGUGAUUCGGAGAGUCCCCAAAAAACGAUUAGUGAAGCCGAUGCAGAAAUAAACUCAAAUUACUCUAAGCCUUAUGAAAACGUUUCACCUGAUACUCACUCAAACUACAAACUUACGGCAAGUCAUCAUCAAUCAAGUUCCUAUUCACAAAAGCAUUAUGCCAAUGAAGAGAGUAACUCACCAAGCACUACCCAGGCUUCAAUAACGGCUGGUAUGGCAUUGCCUUCAAUACCUAAGGGAAAAGCUGCAACACUUUUAGGUUCAAUAUCGGAAGAUCAAGUUCAGUUCACCCUGACUAGUCGUCUGAAUAAGCAAACAAAAAGCCGUCGAGUAAAAUCUAAUUUGAGUGAUGAAUUGGGCUCGGUUGAAGUGGUUACACCGCGUUUUCCUAAGUUGAACGAUCCACCUGCCGAGAGAUUACGUCGACGCAAUUCAGACCCAAGCACUAAUAAGGUUCCACUUCUUGAGGUUAAUCGGGGCAAUGAUAUGUAUCAAUCGUCUACUCAAAUCAAUAUUGCCGGACACAGAUUCCGUAAGGCUGCCCGAAUCGGUAAGGCGGAAAAAUGUGCGAGUUGUCAAGAGAGUGAUGCAUUUGUGAAUGAGGGGUAUCGAUGCUUAGAUUGUAAAGUACUGGUGCACACGAAGUGUAUUCAAAACGGGGGAGUCAAAACACUUAUAUGCGAGGCGAAACGGUCAAAACGAUUGCGGAAAAGCAAUGACAAAACCAUGACACCAAACUCAAAGUAUUCAGCGAGAGAAUAUACAGAUUCAACGGACAGAAUUAUAAGCGAUGCCAAGGAAUUAAACUUAAUGCAAGAUUUUAUCACACAAAAAAUUUACAAAAUGGAUGAAAACGAAGGAGAAAAAACCUCAGAGGUUGAUAGAGUGUUCAAAAAAGCAUUGCGAGCCUUCAAGGACAAUCUUGUGACGCAAUACAGUGUUGCGCAUAAACAAAACUCCGAUUCAUUAAAUAUAAAAUAUAGGGAUUUAAUUGAUAAUUUUGGCCAAGUCAUGGAGACGUGCUGUGGAAAGCAGAAUGACUUCCCUCUGACAAUGGGGGUGAAUGCGUUUCGUGGUUUCAUGAAUGAGUUCAUGAAUUCAAGAGAAACAGAAAAACCCAAGGCUAAAAGAAAAAAAGAAAAAAAACGAAAAAUUGAGGAACAUACAAACUAUCAUGGUCACGCGUUCCAAUUAACAAUAAUAAAUAUUCCAACAGCUUGUGAAAUAUGUCAACUAUUUUUGUUAUGGCCAAUCGAACGAGGAUUGGUUUGCCAAAACUGUCGCCUUACUUGUCACAAAAAAUGCUAUCAAAAGUCUUCUUCAUGCAACAAAACAUCUUCAUCGCAUGGUGGUUGCGUUUCGUCACAAUAUAGUAUUACUGACUCAAAACUCUUUGGUGUGCCAUUAACGAAUUUAUGCUUAGCCGAAGGAGCUAAAAUUCCAAUACAAAUCGAACAACUUAUUACUAAAAUUGAAAUGUUAGCCCUAUACACUGAAGGAAUAUACCGCAAAAGUGGCGUAAAUUCCAAAAUAAGAGAACUUAAACAAAAAAUGUCUGAAACUCCAAUUGGUGCAGAAAUAGAUUAUGAGUCAUAUAACGUACAUGUAUUAGCAAACGUUCUCAAAUCAUUCCUACGCGAAAUGCCCGAACCAUUACUAUCGUUCGAUCGUUACGAUGAUUUUUUGCGUGCUUCCGAUUUACCAGACACAAAUGUACGAGUGCAAACUCUUCUAUCAUUGAUUAAAAAACUCUCGGCUUCGCAUCAUUUUUUGUUAGAACGUUUAAUUUUCCAUUUGGCUCUGGUAGCACAAAAAGAAAAACAUAAUCGCAUGUCGGCGAGUUCGUUAUCAAUAGUUUUUGCUCCGUGUGUUUUACGAACAAAUCGUUUAGUACCUGCUCAAGAUAGUCUUAAUGAUAUUUGUAGACAAACGAAGUGCAUAGAAACCUUGAUCACGCAAAAAAUGUUAAAUGUCAAGAGUACACUAGCCGAUAUAGAUACUUUAGACACGGCCGCACAUACAGCCACAACCAGAUUAAGUACUUUACGUAGCUCAAAAGUGUUUGCCCCCGAGGAGUUAACCCAGCGGCCAUCGCAAAUCGAGACUGAAACAGAAGAAAUGAUAUUAGAGGGACACAUCCAAGAGAUCCGAAAAGAAAAAGCACUCUUGACGUCAGCGUUGCCAAAUUUAAUUAGAACUACGUCAGACGAUGACUUACUUUCCACUGAUUUAGAUGGGGAAGGUGGAAGCCUAGAUGACUUAAGCACUGGUAAAGAAAAGGAUAGUCAUUCCUUAGCUGAGUGUAAGGAUUUUAAAGAUAGUAUUGAUUCGUCUUUUGGAAGCCUAAGUGGAGAUAACAAUAUAAGCCGUAAAGGAUUGGAUGAAAAACAAUCACAAGAGCAUUACCCACAUCAGCAAUCUCACAUCGUUCAGCAGCAACAACAAAAUUUUGACGCAGACUUAGCCAGUGAUUCUAUAGUUCUUAGCUACAAUCUUCGUGAUCAAAAUAUUGAUUAUAUUUCUAGCCCGAGACACCACGUUUCAUUGGAUCAUGAAAUGUUAUCAUCUGGUUAUGCGGUUGCGAAAAAUUACUCAUCUACUCCAAAAUCAUCAACAUCUAAUAAUACUAGCAAUAGUUUAAUUUACUCUGGAGCCAGACGUUCGGGCAGUCAACAGAAUCUUUCUUAUUCAAUGGUUCAUGUAUCAGCAACAAGUGCUGGGCCAAGUGGAAUGAAUUAUUCUGCAAGUAUGUCAGGUAAACCAUUGGCUGUGCGGAGUAUGUCAAGUGGCUACGAUGCUACAACAACACAUCUACUCCCAAACACACCCCAGUGUACAUCAGGAGCUGAGGGAUUUCAAUUGCUUUCAGUUGUUCCAUCAUCAUCAUCGUCCGCAGCAUCACCACAUGUCGUUGCAGGAACGUCUCUAUCUGCAUCGGCUUCAUUACCAACACCAUUUCCCAUUACCAGUAGCAAUAAAGCAACAAGUAUUAUAGAAAGCGGUGAUAUAAAAUCGAGUCGGAAAAAAAAGAAACAGGAAAGUUUGGACGACGAACCUAUUAUGGUAUUUCAUAAUGGCAAAAAAUAAAUAUAUGGUAAAUGUGAGGUUUUUAAAUACAAUAAUCAAUCAAGUUCUCAAAUUAAAAAAAAAAACAUUAUUUAGAAGUAAAAAGUAAAAAUGCAAAAUAUUUGUUUAACAUAGUAUUCACUUUUUUAUUGUCAUAUCUCUGUAUAAGUAUUUAAUUUUAACCAAAAUAAAAUCAAAUUUUAAUUCAAAAUGAAAUAGUGAUAGAUUUCACUAAGCUACAUACAUACGUAAACAAAAAAUAAAUACUCUGUAGCAAAUGUUUUUCUUUUUAUACACAAAUAUAUACACACACUUUAACAAACAUACAUUUAACAUGAUAAUUCAUAUAUGUGAAUCUCUUUAAUUUCGUAUUCAUAAUCAACUCUUCCAUUGGUAUAUAAUAUUUUGCAAUCUAAAUAAACAUCAACAAAAAAAUGGAGAAAUGGGACUAUUCAAGUUCUGUUAGAAUGAUCAACAUUACUUUUUAAUUACUAUUAUUAUAUUAUACAUAUAUAUUUUAUGUAAGUGACCAAGUCAAUAUUUAGGUUUCACUAUUUGUACAGUAUACUUUCAUUUAUUUGUUAAAUAAAGGUAAAAUAAAAAAUGA